UCGACCGCUGGUGUGGCGGUCAUGACUUGGCGGUCGCCAGUGUAGGUGCGAACGCGCGUUCGGAAGGCUGAGGACCUGUACGUCCCAAGUGUCAGACACCACGCCUCUGCCUCCUACACCUCCCGCUGCCCCUCACACCAGCCUGGGCACCAACCCAAGUAUAUUCCGGUCCUUAAAAGUGCAAUCUGGAGGUUGUGAGGAGGCCUGUGUAGUGACGCGCGAGGAAAUAGAGAAAUAAAAGCACUGGUGAUAUUUAGUUGUAGCGUGCAAGGAAGUUUUUGGGUGGUGUCGUGCGAGUGUUGAGUGGAGGAGCACCUUGGUGACACCCAAGCAUGUUGGUGGAGCGGUGUGGGGCGUGAGGCGCCGGGGCGGUGGAGGUGUAGUGUGUAUACCAGGCCCCCUCAAGCACCUGCCUCAUGCGAUUCGAAAACCUGCAGGAGCUGGGCCACCUUGUCAACUCGCCGCCGCUCAACUCCCCCCCUCCUCCUAUCACCCCCCAGGGCCCGGCAGGCAGCAUGGCAUACCAUCCGUUCCUCCUUCAGAGACCCACCGACUUCAGCGUUAAUUCCCUCCUGACGCAGUCGCCGUCAUACCUGCCGACGCUGGGGUUGCCGGCAGCGGCGGCGGCGGCAGCAGCGGCGGGCUCUCCAAACCCAUAUAGUUUGUUGCCCAAAUUCCCGGCUCACCUCGGCCACCCUUUCACCACCGCUGAGGACGUCCUAUCGCAGUCACAUGUGCGACCCAUUCGCUCUCUCAUGCCGGAGGAGGACGGUGUUGUGGACGACCCAAAGGUCACCCUCGAGUGCAAGGAUUUAUGGGAGAAGUUUCACAAGCUAGGCACCGAAAUGGUUAUCACCAAGUCUGGCAGGCAAAUGUUUCCUCAGGUGAAAUUUAGAGUAUCCGGACUGGACCCGAAGGCGAAGUACAUCCUGCUGCUUGACAUCGUGGCGGCUGAUGACUGUAGAUAUAAGUUCCACAACAGACGUAUGUUUCCUGCCUACAAAGUUCGGGUCUCUGGGCUUGACAAAAAAGCCAAAUACAUCUUACUUAUGGACAUCGUAGCAGCCGAUGAUUGCCGCUAUAAGUUCCAUAACAGCAGGUGGAUGGUAGCCGGUAAGGCGGACCCGGAAAUGCCCAAGAGAAUGUAUAUCCACCCUGACAGUCCAGCCACGGGGGAACAGUGGAUGCAGAAGGUGGUCUCAUUCCACAAGCUAAAACUCACCAACAACAUCACCGACAAACACGGCUUCGGCGGUGCGGAGGCUAAGACGAUCCUCAACUCCAUGCACAAGUACCAGCCACGCUUCCACCUGGUGAGAGCCAACGACAUCCUCAAGCUGCCCUACUCCACCUUCAGGACCUACGUGUUCAAGGAGACUGAGUUCCUAGCCGUCACCGCCUACCAGAAUGAGAAGAUCACGCAGCUGAAGAUCGACAACAACCCCUUCGCCAAGGGCUUCCGUGACACUGGUGCUGGCAAGCGGGAGAAGAAUUCUACUUUCUACAGGAAUGUGGUGAUGAGCCGGACCUCAGACGAGCAGAAAAUCGACCACCAGAUCGCGCUGCCAAACAUCCGCAACUACCCCGACAACGCCGCACCCAUGGACUCCGAGAACCAUAAAGACGACGACGACGAUGACGAGCGCCUGGACGUGGUGGGGACGACGGACUCUCACAGCGACGCGGCUCACGAGUUAAUGGAUUCAGACGUGUCAGGCGAGGAGACCAACAACAACGCCGCCGAUGAAUCUGGUCGAGACUCCGUCAAGCGGAAGAGCGAUCUAGACUCCGAUAUGGACGAUCCAAACUCACUCUCGGUGCUGAAGAAGGUGGCGCCGGAGAAAGAAGAACCUUCAGGUUCUGGCGGAUCUGAUCCCACUCCCAAUAUUAGCGUUGGUCCGCCCUUCCAGCCUCCUCAUCUGCUGCCCUACCUGUAUCCCCACGGCCUAUACCCCGGCGCGGCGCAAAGCCUGGCGGGGCUUCACGGCCUCAUGCUGCCUGGCUCCUCAGGCACAGGACUCAGCCCGCCUUCCCUUCCGCUGCCGCUGCUUGGGUCUGGUUCAGGCGCGCCACCGCAUGGGUCCUCGCCGCUCUCCCCUCCCACCUCGCUGCCUGUAGCCCACAACCUUCUCCUUGCCCACAACUUACUGGCGGGCGCAGGUCACCACCUCCUAGGAUCCCACACCUACCAAGGACUGGCGGGACUGGCGGUGUCCUCAGCGGGCGGCAGCGGGUGUGGCGGCACCAGCUCUCUCAGCGCCGCGCCGCCCACAUCCUCCUCGCCCGCCGCCCCCUCCCCACUCCUGCCUGAUCGCCUCAAACCGCCUCGCUUCACGCCCUACUUGGCCUCCUCCACCGCUGCUUCCCUCUCCUCCAUGUUGUCCUCAUCAUUGUCAUCAUCACUGUCGUCGUCCUGCCUCACGCCCACACUCUCGUCCUCCCUGCUGGGCGAGACGACCCUGGGAGGCUCCUCAGCAUUCCAAGCGGUGAGUCCCAAGGCGGGGUCACGGCUGGAGGAGGGUGUGCGUCGCACCGCCGCUCACUCCGUCUCUGCCGCCCACGCCGCUUCCGUCGCCUCCGAGCUGAAAUCAAUCGAAAAAAUGGUCAAUGGGCUCGACCGUCGUCCGGACUUACCAGAUCCACUUAAAAUGGCUGAUAAAUGAGGGCGGGCCCCCGCGUCCGCCUCAGGACACCUGCACACCCACCUAGUGGCCGUAAACGCCCUUAGCGGCGGUUCCGUCUGCUCCUCCAGUCCACUCUAGCCCCUUCCCCCCGCCGGCCCCCGUGACACACACUAACCCCUCGGGGGCCGUCGGUGCCAAGUGUUUCUCCAGGAGUAGACAGGAGUAGCGGACGCCCCACAGGCUAACCUCAGGUCAACUAAAAAAAAAACAAAAAAAAAGUGUCACAGAACCCCGGGAUUCCCCUGGGCCGGCGGGCCACCGGGAGCGCCACGAGUGCAAACAUGACGCGGGAAGCCUCCAGACGUGCACAAAACCUAGACCCGCGCUGCGUGAAGGUCGGCAGUGACCGUGUGUGUGCUGCACGUGUAUAUAGUCCGUAAAGCUACUUGAUAGUAGAGCGUAUACCAAAGAGCGGACCGACACCAGCUGUUUGCGGGUGCGUGUGUACGUGUGUGCGUGUGCGUGUAAACCAUCUUGGUUCUCUGAAAAGUGAGAUGUGAGGACGACACGGAGGCUCGGCAACGCUCAGUUUUUAGAUACCCGGAGGCAGUUGAAAGAUGCAUAUGAGGCGAGGUCAUGUGGAGACGAGAAAGGUGAGGGGCGUGGACAGUGAGCCUCGGACCUCCACAGUGGCAGCGAUUGUCCUGCCUCGCAACCGGUGACAUGACGGCCUCAACAGGACCUGAGGAACUAACUGGUUACGGAUAAUAAAAACAAAUAAAGUGAACUCUAUUUAAGGCAGUUUCCAGCGGCCGCCAGAGACGGCCGGUGUCAUGGAAAUAUUAUGGUGCUUUGUUUUCUCUGGGUGUCUUCUUGUUUUCAUUUUAGUAGCCUGUGGUAACCUGCGGCUUGACGGCCACGUGUGGCGCAGCCCCAUUCACUGCCGCGUCCUGCCUCUCACUAGGGCACGACGCGGGCACCCCGGGGAGCCCACACACACACACACACACACACACACACACACACACAGAUACAAUAAUACAUACAUACGUCAUGUAAUACCUAACCAUCCCUCCAAACAGCACCAAGUCAUAGACUCUCGCCUUACAACACCACAUCACACAACACUCCACCACAUCCGCACAUCAAUACAAACCACACCGUAGUACACCACAUCAACCUACCCGAUAACUAACACUUUUGUAAUACAUCAUAUUAGUACACAAGAUCACACACACACACACACACACACACACACACACACACACACACUGUCACGCAGGCCAAAUAAUGAGUAUAGGACAAGAUCAUUCAUACUACUACUAAGCUUUGCCGAACUAAAGCUCAGUGGCUAGCAGGUUAGAGACUCACACUCGAACAUAAUAUUUUCUCACAGUGGAAAAUGAAGAGAGUGAGAGAAAGUCUGAGUGAGUAACAGAGACUGAGAGAAUGGUUCUUUAUUUCCCCUGAAUAUUUUUGUCUCAUUAUUGGUGUGUGUCUGGCCACCACGACCCUCGCAUUACCGUAGUGAUCCCCGAGCGGCGGGCUGCGGCGGGUGAGGCUCCACCUGCCUCGCUUGGCCUCGAAACCCCUCAACGACCUCCUCCCCUUCUCUGUUUUUUGUCCGCCUUGCACACCCCUUUGUUUUUUGUUUAUUUGCAUUCCCUAACGGGAUCCCCGCGUCCACUCUCAGCUUGGAGCUCCACUAACAUUAACUUCACUAUCACUACGCGACUCCCUUCCGCUCUUUAUAUAUAUAUAUAUAUAUAUAUAUAUAUAUAUAUAUAUAUAUAUAUAUAUAUAUAUAUAUAUAUAUAUAUAUAUGCAUGCAUCAAAGCAUUGCGGUGACGCUGUGUGAGUUUUGAUAUGGUACAAAAAAUCUACAUAAUAUUCCCGGUGUUAUGCCCCUCUCCCCGCCACAGCCCGCAGUCCGUCGCCCCUCCAGCAGCGCCUUCGUCCCCACCUCCAAGCCGGCCUGUCAUCCUCGUGUCACAACAGUCUUCUCGACCAGCCAAUUCCUGUUUUAUGAUUUGUUCCCGUGUUUGCACGAUGGUCUAUUGACGAUGCUGGCGAGUGACAGGCGGCUGGAGGGCGCUGGCGGUUGCUCCACCCAACACUUCAUAGGCUCCUCUCAUUGGUCGCAGACCCUCACGAACCCGUGAUUCCCUUCGGACAGCCCAGUCCCUCUCCCCUGACUCCCCUGGAGACUCCCUGGCUCCGGUGCCCCAGCAGGAGUGGUAACCAUGAAGCAGUUCCACGUUUUCUUCUAAACAAAUACGUGUUAUUUUUCUCUCAUAGGAUAUCAUAUUUUUGUUUGUUAUUUUAAUUUUUAUUGCAUUUCGCGACUCAUCGGUCUUUACUUCAUUCACCUGUCAUCACAGCGCCAUUAUCACGGAGCGAACGAGAGUGAAAGAGAGAGAGUGUGUGUGUGUGUGUGUGUGUGUGUGUGUGUGUGUGUGUGUGUGUCUGGUUAGGUAGUGAAGCAACACCAACAUGAGGAGAUAUUUGCUUUCGUGACCCAUUGCUUCAUCUCAUGCCAUGUAUAUUCACUCUCAUCUCUCAUGUUUACCAUCACCUGGUCAUGACGUCACGUGUUUCUCAGUGGAUAGCUCCGUCACGCCCAGCGAGGGCCGGCUGGGUAGGGGCGCCGCGGUCUCACUUACCACCAGGAAUAAAGAAUACAAAAUAAUGUUAGGACUAAAGAAAUUGUUGCAUCUGAAAUAUUGUCGUUUACGAAAUUCCACAUUGGCUCUCGGUAUUUGGAAUGAGUGACAGUGCUACUCUUCACACAGUAGAGCUGCAUUUCGUCUACUUAUUCGGCCCACAUUACUGCACGGCCCCUCCUUCAAGGCCUCGGGUGUCGUCGGCCGGGGCACGUCGGUGGUACAGACCGUGAGAAUAGCUCUGGAUAAUAUUAAUUGAUAGUUACGUGUAUUUAUUUGGUUAUUCUGAUGUAAAUAACAAUUAUGUUCUGGUCAUGUCUGUAUUGUAUGAAAAUAUACUCUUUUUGAAGAAAA